AAAAGGAACGAAAAGAAAAAGGAAGAAAAAAAAAUGAAGGAGGAAACAAACGGCAUGUUCACGACACGAUUUACGGUGUAAUAGAGGAAGUUAUCAUUCCUAACUGAAUCAGAAUGCCGGCUGUUUAAAGUAGAAGGUUUUUCACUCGCGCGCGCGCCGGUGUCGGUAUACAGUGAUGGGCUCGGUCACAUCAGCUCUGGCCAGAACCCGUAACACGCUCGUGAAGGUGGGAUCGGAGCCGCCGUGCGAGGCGAACCCGGACCCAGAUCCGCACGUGGACGGAGAUUCGGGUCACACACGGCGCACGAGCGUCCGUGGAGUUUUCCCGGGCCGGCGCAGGAACAAGGCGCGCGCCAAGACGUCGGCACCCGAGGUGCCGCACGCGCAGGAUGGAGGUACCGAGGUGCAAACGCAGAGCACGACAGAAGACGUGGCUAAUGAAGAUGGAGAAAGCAACAGCAGGCCACCGGCGACUUUUGCACGGUCGAAGUCCCAGAAUGCAUUGUGGAACGCCAUUACAUCUGGGUUGGGAGUCAAGGACAUGGUCAAGGGUCAGAGGAGCAUCGCAGAUGACCCACGUAGCCUGGAGGAGAUACUGGCUGAGGAGUUUCCUUCUGUAGACAGUCCAGAUGCUACGGAGAAAGCCGCCAUCAGAUUGCGAUGUUUGGUGAAACAGCUGGAGAGAGGAGAAGUGUCCCUGAUUGACCUGAAGAAGAACCUCGAAUACGCAGCCUCGGUGCUCGAAUCUGUCUACAUCGAAGAGACGAGGAGGUUGGUGGACACAGAAGAUGAGCUCAGCGAUAUCCAGUCGGACUCGGUGCCGUCAGAGGUGCGUGAUUGGCUGGCCUCCACCUUCACACGUCAGAUGGGGCUGAUGCUGAGACGGACGGAGGAAAAGCCGCGAUUCCGCAGCAUCGUACACGCUGUGCAGGCUGGGAUAUUCGUUGAGAGAAUGUACAGGCGGACGUCCAACAUGGUGGGAUUGAGCUACCCUGCAUCUGUCAUAACUGUGCUCAAGCAUGUAGACAAGUGGACUUUCGAUGUGUUCGCGCUGAACGAAUCAAGUGGUGACCACUCACUGAAAUUUAUCUUCUAUGAACUUCUUACCAGAUAUGACCUCAUCAGCCGAUUCAAGAUUCCUAUUUCAGCUCUGGUGUCCUUCGUGGAGGCGUUGGAAGUGGGAUACAGCAAGCAUAAAAACCCGUAUCACAACCUCAUCCACGCUGCAGAUGUCACACAGACCGUACACUACUUAAUGCUCAAGACUGGCGUGGUGCACUGGAUGACGGAGCUGGAGAUCUUCGCCUUGAUCUUCGCUGCUGCUGUACAUGACUACGAGCACACUGGAACCACAAACAACUUCCACAUCCAGACCAGAUCAGACACAGCGAUCUUGUACAACGACCGCUCGGUGCUGGAGAGCCACCACGUCAGUGCAGCAUAUCGCCUCCUACAGGACGACGACGAGAUGAACAUCCUCUACAACCUGUCCAAAGAUGACUGGAGGGAGUUCAGGGCUUUGGUGGUGGAGAUGGUGUUGUCUACAGACAUGUCGUGUCAUUUCCAACAAGUUAAAGCCAUGAAGAAUUUCCUCCAACAACCAGAGGGAAUCGACAAACCAAAAGCACUUUCUUUGGUCUUACACACUGCUGAUAUCAGCCAUCCAGCCAAAAACUGGGAUCUCCAUCACCGCUGGACCAGCUCCCUGCUGGAGGAGUUCUUCAGACAGGGUGAUAAAGAAGCAGAGCUGGGGUUGCCAUUCUCACCGCUGUGCGAUCGCAAGUCCACCAUGGUGGCUCAGUCUCAAAUCGGGUUCAUCGACUUCAUCGUCAUCCCCACGUUCACUGUCCUCACAGACAUGACGGAGAAGAUCGUCACGCCGCUCAUCGAUGAGGCCACACACUCCAGCCUGAGCGGUUUCCGUAGGUCAAGUCUCAGCAGCAUUUCCACAGCAGAAACCAAGCAGGUGAACAGCCCGGCCUCGGAAAGCAGCGCUUUACACAACUGCUCGCUGCUAGCUGUUGACCUGAAGAACUUCAAGGCCAUUUGGAACGAGCAAGUUCUUCAGAACCGUGAGAGGUGGAAGGCUCGUGCUGCCAAGGAAACAGAGGAGAAGGCCAAACGUGAGGCUGAGGAGAGGUCUCAGCUGGAGGCAGGCCAUGAGGGACAGACAGAGGCAGGGACGGACCAGACGGUACCAAAGAGUGAGGGAUCAGGACAGGAGCCAGAGCCAGAGGGGACGACGAGCGGUCCAAGUGAGACGGAAAACGCCGAAAACAUGCCAAGCACGCAAAGCAACACGCAACUACAUAAUGGUGAGGUGUCGGAGGAUGUGACAUCACCGGGAAGCAAUGAUAGUGAAGACAAAGCACUCGGAGAGACGGAAAAGGAAUAGCGAAGGAUGGGCGCUGGAUGGAGAAUGUCUAUACUGUUUAGACCUCUACAUUUGCCUCCUGCUCCUGUCCUCCUGGCACUGUGUGUGUGUGUGUGUGUGUGUGUGUGUGUGUGUGUGUUCUGAAGCUCCACAGCACCCUCCGCUGGAUAAACCUGUGCUUAGACUGCUUCCUUCUUUCAGAAAGACUUUCGAUUGCUCUCUGUUACUCCAUUGACUUUCUUAAAGGCAGAUCCGUUGAGAAGGUUGGUGUGUGAGGCAGCCGAAGGAGUCAGCCUUCUUUUUAUCGACACUCGUCUGUCACAAUGUCUCAACGCCUGGACUGGCUGGCGAAUACGCAACCAGCUGCCGUCACAUUCACUGGAUAUUUUUAUUUUUAAUUUAAUUUUUUUUGAUGUCUGUUAUUUUUUACGGAAAGAAAACAUCGAGUGCCUUCGUCUAUCUGCCGUUUGUUUCUCCACCACUUCUCUUUUUCGUUCUUUCCUUCUUCCUGUUUUUCUUCCAGCGUCAGCACGUUUGCUCGUCUUUUCUAUUAGAAGCAGAAGCUGACUCAGGUCGUUUCUGCUCUCUUAAUGCCUUUGCUUGAGCUCUUGUCAUUCGAAACGUUAUUUAUUUGCUGCUUCCUGACUGCUCAGCAACCUCAUUCACAAAACAGCCAUUUUUUUCCAAUUUGCCAGCUGCUUAAAUUGCACCACAUUACACCAGGAACUCAAGUAGAGAGAUUUAAUGCAUUUCAAAUAAAGUUAUUUAUAUACAUUCGUCAGAUGAACUUACCAAACAGAACAUUUUGCCUAAUUAAUAUUUGUUGCCUUAAUAAUAAAUAGUGUUUAUAUCUUACUUGUAUUUUUAAAAUCGCAUGCCAUCUACGUGUAGUACGUCAAAAAAGACCGGACGUGUCGUAAUAUCGAAGGCAAACGACGAGAAUGACACGAUGAGUAAAAUAGUCAGCAAAGUGGUGGUGGAUGUGACUUGACACAAAACGAAGUUACUGUUAUACCACCUGUUAUACAACUCUUAGGAUUUGCCAAAGGCAUCGGUUAAAGAACGUCAAAGUCGUCAUACUUUUUAUCCACAUACCAUUGACCUGAGAGUCAAAUAAGUUCCUGUUAUCCUACAUUCGUCACUAUCUCUCAUUUGGAGUUAAACUACUGACUUGUUACAAAAUCACCGACACUGGAGACUCCUUGCCGAAAUCUCUAUAGAGAACACUUGACCAUAUCAACAUGAAUUCAUUUACCUUCUGACCAAUCAGAUUCAAGAAUUCAGCAGCGCACUGUAUCACAUCGUGACACACUUUCAGAAUACAGGAUGACGAAAGUGAAAGUGACGAAAGUGACGUGACGUAUGGCUAAGUACGGUGACCCAUACUCAGAAUUCGUUCUCUGCAUUUAACCCAUCCGAAGUGCACACACACACACAGCAGUGAACACACACACACACACACACCGUGAACACACACCCGGAGCAGUGGGCAACCAUUUAUGCUGUGGCGCCCGGGGAGCAGUUAGGGGGGGGUUCGGUGCCUUGCUCAAGGGCACCUCGGUCGUAGCGGGCCCGAGACUCGAACUCACAACCUUAGGGUUAGGAGCCAAACUCUCUAACCAUUAGGCCACCACUUCCCACGGAUAAACACACUCUAAUAAAGUUCCACCAAAAUGCUCUCCAAAAAAGGUCUUAUCAUUUUAUAUAUCAUGAUAUCAAUAGUUUCCCAUUUAAAAAUGUAAAAAUGUCUCUUUGAAUCUCUUUGACCGGAAAACCUUGAAAAAGAUAAAUUAAUCACGCACAUUUUUAUAAUUCAAGCUGCUGCAUUUCCCAAAGCAGGGCUUUAAACUUUAUGAUGGAAAAAAAAGACACUUCAGAUUCAGUCAUGUGGAAUAAUGAUACAUACAUGGCAACAAACACUCGAAUGUAAUCUUGCCUCGUGGCUCUACACUUUUGAGUGUGACAGUAUAAAAGUAUCAGCUUAUAAACCAUAACACAGCUUAUGCCACAAGUGGAUUAGUUUAUACCGUUACAUGCAAAUUGAAAAAAUACAACACACUCAAAACUUUCAACACACUCUAGUGUGUAUGUGCAUUUUACUGGACACUUGAUCAAGAGAUCAAGCCUUCAGAAAAAGUGGCUGUAUUUUCUAAUCAACCCAGUACACGUCGAUUCGCCUUCACAUGGUAUUACAGUCAGUAACACUGCAGGAAAGUCAGUAGCACCGCAUGACUGUGGGUUGUACCACAGGACAGCUGAUUACCUAACAGGACAGUCGUUCGCUCCACAGGAAAGUCUGUUGCUUUACAGGAUAUCCAGUUACGCCACAUUACAGUCAAUCUCACCACACUAGAGUGGGUUGCUCCAAAGGACAGGCGGUCAUAUGGCACGACAGUCAUUUGCACCACAUUACAGUCAGUCAGACAGCAGGACAGCUGUACCAAAGGAGACAAUUAGUCACAGACAAUGAUCAGUCAGUUGCACCGCAUGACUGUAGGUUGCACCACAGGACAGCUAAUCACCUAGAAGGACAGUCAGUUGCUCCACAGGAAAGUCAGUGACUUUACAGGACAGUCAGUCACACCACACAAGAGAGGGUCACUCCAUAGGACAACCGGUCACAUCACAUGACAGUUAAACAGCAAGACAGCUGUACCGAAGGAGAGAGUCAGACAGACAUGGAUAGUCAGUCACCCCACAUGACAGUCACUCGAAUGUCAUGGUAGUUACACUGCAUGAGUCGGUCCCACGACAAGGCAGUCAGUCACACCACAUGCCAGACAGUUACACCCCAUGAUAUUCGGUGGCACCACAAGACAGUUGCACCACAUGAUUCAGUUAGGACAGUCAUUCACACCACAGUUAAACGACAGCGACUUUUGUCCAGGUACACAGAUAAAUGAUUGACGACAACGACUACAUAUAUUAUAGCUGUAAAUAAAAUGUAGAUAUUAACCAUACCACUGUGCAGUGUCGGCAAUAUCUACAACGUGAGGCAGUGAAUUUCAACUUCUGGUACUCUGUUAUGUGAAAUAGGUCUUGUUUGUUUUUUCUUCAUUCAUCAUGCUGGUAUUGUUCCCUGCUAGACUCACUGACCUCUUCUGUCUUCUCUGCUGUAUAAUACAUUUAGAAAUUAUUAUGCAUUUAAAAAAAAAACGCAACGUCAAAAAGUCGUAAUAACCUAGGGGCCUGAUUUGUGCUACCUUGCGUGCUCAUUCGUGGGUUCCUAGACUCACUGUGUGAUUUUUUUAAUUUAUUUCUGUACUUAUAUUAACGUGUCCCAAAUUAGAACCUGUAAAUAACUGUAUAGUUUAGUCGGAUUUUUUUAUUUGCAUACUGUACACACAUAUUACUACGUGUAUGUAUAUUUAUGUUUUUUUGAGUUAAAUGAACAAAAUGUUAGCACAUAAUGUGGCCGAAGAAAGAUCUUUUCUUUUUUCUUUUUCCUUUUUCUUCUUCUUUUUUUUUUUUUUUAACCAUUUUAUGGGAAAAUGGUUUUAGUGUUUCUACUGAAGUCUGUAAUCUGAAUGGAUGUGAAAUGCAUUUAACACGAUUAUAAUUAUCGAAAAGUUUACCUAAGAAAGAACAAAUUCCAGCCAGAGGGUUGAGAUCGUGUUUGACUGGAACGUCUGCUUUGCUUGUUGGAAACCAGGUUGAUUUGUUUGUCACUGUUGAUUUGUACUACGUAUUUAAUAAGCAGUACAGUACGUCUCCCCUGUGUACACACACACACACACACACACACACACAUCAUAUAUGUAUACGUAUAUAUAUAUAUGUAUAUAUACACGAUGCCCUAUAAAAGCAAACCACAGUAACUAUACCAGCACUGAAACUGAGAAAAACAUGUUAGUUUAUUUGGGUCAUUAAACUUAGAACCAUGUCACUGGGAUCAUUUGGUACGUCAUGGUUAAUAUUUUCAAAUACGAUACGCACGAAAUGGAACACUUUGCAGACAUGGAGUAAAGCACAUACCGCAGCAGUUUGACAAACUAUUAUGGCUCCUUCACUAAAUGAUAACCAUUUUUUAACACAUGAUUUUAAGCAUUGAAAAAAAAAAUCCCAGCUACCUUUUUUUUUUGUUCAUGCCAAUUGUUUCAUUCUUGUAAAGAGCCAUUUUUCCCCUAAACGGAUGUACAAAAAGUGUGUUCUAACAAAUUUACACUCGAAUUGUAGUUACUGUGUUUUGCUUUUUUUCUUUUCAGGCAGCACUGAUGAAUUUCCAGCUCUUACACAGGUACCAAACAUGUCAGCAACUAUUUAAUCAAUAUUUAAAUGAGCUAGAAAUAUUACCAAAAUGUCCAGGACACAUGAGUUUAGCCCUUACAUAUACGCCAUGAAUUCAUAGAGAUUUGUUGUGUAGUAUGUUUAGGCGAGGAAAUAAGUUUGGGAUUCAAAUUUACUUUAUGAUAAUGAACAGAGUCCAAGUUUGAAUGAAAUGUGAGGGGUAAAAAUGGCUGCCAUUUGUAAUGUGAUGUUGUCCACCAGGGGGCAGUGUGUUUAUAGGACAGAAGGCUGGAAACUACCUGUGCUUAGACUUACACAACACGUGUGCUGCAUGUACUGUUCAUGUACAACAGGCUUACCUGUGAGUGUGUGUUGCUAAAUGAACACACACAAACACACACACACACACACACAUAAAUUUAUUUAUUGCAUGUCUAUAUAGUAUGUCCGGGUACAAAAUGCUGCACUUCUGCAAGUAGUGUGUUUGUAUAUGCAGUUGUUUCAUAUGGACAAGUGUGUGUGUGUGUGUGUGUUCUAGACACCUGGCCUUACAAAGCACUUCACAAAUUUGUAGCAUUCAUCAUAAUGUCUCACAUGCAUGGUGGUCUGUAUAUGGUGAUGUAAUUUGGGAAAAUUCUACAAGAAUUCUACAAUGUGACUUUCUGUGUCAUUUGUGUGUGUGUGUGUGUGUGUGUGUGUGUGCAUGUGUGUGUUUGUGGAUGUUAUUUACAUUAUACAUUCUGCUUAAAUACCUGUAAGAUGGCAUACAUUUUAACUAGGCCUCGGUGUGUGUGUGUGUGUGUGUGUGUGUGUGUGUGUGUGUGCAUGAGAGAGAGAGCUGACCUUGUGCAAUCCUAAACGCUGACACUGUGAUGUGUAGAUGAGAGAGACAGAGAGACUGAACGGCCAUCAUUCACAAUAAACAUGAACUCAAAGGGCUCUGAACAAAA